AUGGUCCGGCCUUCUGCCUCCCCCGCCUCCAAGGCCGUCGCCCUCGCCUUCGCCCAAGCGGUCUCCCGAGCCGUCCCUGCCUCCCUCAGCCACCUCUUCAUCCCCCGCAAAGGCCGCCUCUCCCUCUACGACGCCCUCCGCGACUGCAUCCCGGCCGCCGCCCGUAGCGCGGAGCAGACGUUCGGGGGGUACGGGGUGAGGGAGGUGGAGUUCAACAAGGUCCUCGAGCACAACGGCUUCACCAAGAUCCGCGACCGCUGCAUCCUCCCCGACGAUGUCGAGGCGACGGACUUCUCGAGGAGCAGCAGCGCGCGCUACUUCUUCUCCAACCGCCGCUGGAGGAACCCCGACGACCCCCACGAGCUCCAGGAGCUCCGGCAGGCCUGGCUCAAGCUCCGCCAGCUCGCGUGCAGGCUCGGGGCGGACGUGAGCCUGGAGGCGCUGGAGCAGUGCUGCCGGGAGAGGUACGGGGCGUGGGCGGAGAUGACGGUGAACUGGAGCAAGGCGCCGCGUCGGGUGUACCGGAAGGCGAGGACGGGGAUGAAGGGAGGGAGAGGCGCGGGAGAGGAGUGCAAGCAGGGGAUGGAGGGUACGAUGAUGAAUGCUGCGGGUGUUGCAAGCGAGAGCAGGGCCGAAGAGGCAUGGUCGCCUGCAACCUGGUCGUCGGGAGAGGAGGCCGCUGAGUCUCUGGAGGAGGCGGGGGCAGUGCAAGGCAUCAUGGUCGAGGACAAGAGGUCCGAGGCUAGCUUGUGUGCCCGGCUGUGGGGGAGAGGGAAGGAGAGGAUGCAGGAGGAGACCGGGAUUGAGGGACCUUAUGGCAGUAGGGAGCCAUCAUUUUGGUCGUCGGGGGAGGAGGAGAAUCGAGAGGCUGGGAGCUUUCUACCUGUUCAGAAUGAUGUCGCGUCCAUCCAGUCAGAGCCGUGGGAGCUUCACCUGCUUGGCGAGGCGAGGGAGGAGGAGGAGAGCUGGCAGGAGGAGGAGCUUGCGUUUGAAGGGUGGUGGGAGACGCCGGAGGAGUCGACGGGCCUAGGGAGGGCGGUAUGGAGCGGAGGAGAGCGCGGGAGUGCCUGA